CGGGAUGCCCGCUCUUUGAGGCUGUCAUUCCCCAUGUGUGAGGUUUCACUUCUGGACCCAUUGGGAAGCAUUUGGAGCCGGGAAAGGGGGCUGUUGUGGUUUUUGCACUCGGCUGGAAGUGACAAUACAAACCAGACGUGGGGUGUCCUGAAGGCAAAAGGACUUGGGAGAAACGGGACGCGUUUCUGAGGUUGGCAGGAAUGUUCCCAAGUUGCCCUCCGUAGUAUAUAACGUGAGCUGUUUCAAAAACCAGAGUGUUCGGUUUUUAGCUCUUCUAAGCAAGGGGCCUUAGUGACGGGACGUUGAAAUGGGUCAAGUUGAACAAGAAUUUGUUUUGCACAGCGGUUCUGACUUAAUUCUCGCUGCAAGGAUCCCAGCCACUUCCUGACUGCUGGGUGACCAUGGAGAGCAGUUGUUUUUCUCUACAUUUGGGGUUUUCGGGAGUCACAGGGUGCGCAUGAAGACGAAGAGGGGAUCUUGUGUGUUUUUUUGUGUGUGCAAAAUAAUGGAAUUAGGGUGAAAAUGAUGUUUUUAUUGCCUAUCUCUCGCCUUCUGUUUCAGCGUAAAUGCAUUGUUUUGUACUGCUGGUAAUUCUUGAAGAUUUACACUGAUUUGGAAAAGGUGUCAUCUCUAAGAUACUUAUCUGUAUUGCAGUCAGAGGAAUGGAUAUGCUUUGUGUCAAAUUAACCCUGGGGUUUGGUUUUCAGUUAAGAAAAUGAGGCAGAAGGCGGUGUUAACCAAGACCUUCCAAGGCCCAGCCACGGUCUGUAGGACUCCGACCAGCCAAGUUUACGUGUUUGAAAAUGGCGAUGGGGACUCAGGGGACUCCUCUGAAGAAGAGUCCCACGGAAUGGCUCUGCGGCCCCGGGGCAAGGAGCGCCAGAAGGGUGCCCACCACCCUCCCCAGCCUGGAGCUGGGAGCAUCGUGAUGCUGCAGCGGGAGCUGGCCCAGGAGGACAGCCUCAACAAGCUCGCUCUUCAGUAUGGCUGCAAAGUUGCAGAUAUCAAGAAAGCCAACAACUUCAUCAGAGAACAAGACUUAUAUGCUUUGAAAUCUAUUAAGAUUCCUGUGAAAAACCACGGGAUCCUAACAGAGACCCACAAAGAACUCAGACCCCUCCUGAGCCCAUCCUCAGAGACCAGAGAGACCUUCGAGGGGCAGCCAGACCAAGACAGAGCAGCCACGGGCGCCAGUGCCCCAUCCAGCCCCCUGACGGAGUUCUUUAAGGGCGUUGACCAGAAUAUUGAACGUGUGGUGCAAUCAGAAAUCUUUAUCGGUGACAGUUACUGCUUGGAGACCUCUGGUCAGCCACUACUUCCGGCUCCUCCGAAGACGCCGACCAACGGUGCCGACUGUGGAAUUCAGUGGUGGAAUGCUGUUCUUAUCAUGCUUCUCAUUGGGAUUGUUUUGCCAGUGUUUUAUUUAGUCUAUUUUAAAAUACGAGCUACCGGAGAGGUUCCUAGUAGCUUGAACACAACUGCUGUCCCCAAUGGCUCGAUGGCAGUGAGUGCGGUUCUAGGACAAGCCCCCAAAUUAGCGAUUGCAGUGCCAACCAGCCCCUCUCCAGACAGCCAGCUCAGGCAGACCACCUGGGGAGGGAACUAGCUGCUGCUGUUCCUAGUCAGCCCAGUGGUGGCGACCGGGCUCCCGCUGUGCCUCCGCUGGCCCUGGCCUCUCCUAGGGCUGCAUUUACUCUUCUGCGGCACACGGACAUGUUUCAGAAGCCACCAGUGUGCUCUCAGCUAACACUCGUCCGCAGUGUGAGGGUGCUGUCCUCGCCUAAUCCAAGGCAGGGGAGCCCAGCCCAGCACCUGCAGCCUCCUAUGUCCAGGAAGGGGUGGCAGGAGAAACAUUGAUGAGACAUGUGACAUGGCCCCUUUUUCUGAAGGCAUUCAGUGGACUGGUCAUGUGUGUCUCCACAGUAACACACUGUGGGUCCGAAAAUUGGCUGUGCGCAGAAGAAUGGCCUUGGCACUGGGCCCCGGAGUGGGAACUCCUGGGCACGGCUUUGGUCGCCUGGCUGUUUGCAGUGUUCCCUGCCUGCUAUGGAUGGGUGACUGGCUCUGACGAAUGGGAUUCGUGUCUCCCUGGCAAAGGUGCUGUCCAACAGUGGUGAGCGUCACCCCGUGGUUAGAGCGUGACAGAUGACAGUUGUAACAAACCCGGCUUCAUACCUGCCUUGCCAGUGAGCCUUUCGGAGGCCCUGUCGCUCUGAAAUCAGAAGCCUACAUCCCGGGCGCUGUCCUGUCGAGUCAGCGGCAGCUCUGCUCACCGCCUUUAGAGCUGCUUAGUCCGACACGCGGUGUGUUUGAAGCUGCUGCUGUGCGGCCGGUGCUUCCGGCAGAGCGUUGGGGCUGGGCCCAGCUUCGCCUGGAGAGCGCCCCGCAGCCUUCACUAACUAGAUUCCCCAGGCCGGCUUUCUUAGAGGGAGCCCAGUGGAGAUGGAGUGCCCGUCAUGGAGGCCCCACCGUGACAUAAGGCCAGACAGUGGCUGGUCCAGCAUUGCCACGAGCAGCAGCCCCUGCGCACACCUGGAAGCUGGUGCAGGGAGAACCGGUGCUUCCGGUCGCUUCCCUGACUCCAUUCUCAGGAAUCCCAGAGCCACAGGCUGAGUCCAGGGCUCCGUGUAUCCCGUUUGGUGAAUAACACUAUAUACAGUGUGGCUCAGAUGUUAAAAGAGCAAACACUUAAUGCAGGACAUAGAGGUGACCCCUUGCUGUGAAAAGCCAUAGAGGGAGGGACCGAUGCCUGUCCCCCAGGGGCUUGCCCCUCUUCUCCCAUUCAUUCACAGUGGUGCCCAGGGUGGAGGUUCAAGGCGGGCAUGGGUUGGCCUCUGUGGCCCUUCAGUGGAGCAGGGUGGAUGCGGUGACCGCCUGCUUUGGCAGGAGCCCAUCGGGGUCCCACUGAGGAGCGGGAAUGGGCUGAGGUGGCUGGUGCUCCGCCUCGGGUUUGUCUCCGGGGAGGUGAACGUGCGUGGUCGAUGCACUUGCGUCAGAUCUCACUGCAGAGUAGGGAGUGGCGUAGGAGAAUGCUUGAGAUCCCGUUUCUUCCCAGUUCUCUGAGAAGUGAUGUGCCCUGGGUUCCAGGAGUAAAUUUGAAGUGUCUUCAAAAUAAAAUAUGUUCUUCAAAACCAAAAUGGUCUUCUGGAUAAAAUGAACCUGGGAACCUUUGCUACAAAAAGUAUGUUGAUCGUAGGAUUGCUUUUGCAGCCAGAUGUUUACUGUUCCCCUGAGGGCCACGGGGUUCCAUUUGUCACCAUUGGCUUCACCAGGCGGGGCUCAGAGUCCUAUGGGAAGUGAUUUUUGC